AUGGGUCUGCUUUCUCUUCCCCCAGAGAUUGUUGAUAGAAUAUGUAAACUCUUCUGCAGUCACUGUCAGACUGAGCCCCUCUCCCACUUCCCCCAUGAACAAGACCUGGUCACAUCUUGUCCAAGCAAAAUCUGGGAGCACGAUACCCAAGGAGUCAAAGCCCUCCUCAAUCUCUCUGAGACAUGUCAAGCGCUGAACACACUCACUCUGCCCCAUCGCUAUCACCGCAUCGAACUCAAGAGUGACCUCCUCUAUACAAAGGAAUUUAUCGCACACAUCCGAGGUCGUCGGCAUAAUGUCUUCGGACAUGUUCGCAGCCUCAGCUUGGCCUAUACAAAGGAAAUGGACGACUGCCGCAAUCAACUUCCGGAUAGCAUAAAAUCUCGUUUCAAUUUCUUCAACAUGGUCUUGCGUCAUGUGACACAGAUCCAGAUUCUACACAUACGCCUCAACUUGGAGCAUGAAAUCAAGGUCCACAGACGAACAACGCUAGAGUCACUGCGGUAUCUACACAUUGAGCGUGCCCAUGAGGAGUCAGACGAAUUCCCCCCCAGCCUACAUAUCUACGAUGUGCUCCGACAGGCACCCAAGAUCCACACAUUGGUCAUCCAAAUCACCAGGUUGUCCUGGUCGCUCGGAUCAGGGGAACUUGAAAAUGUCAAGAGUCUCAAACUUGUCAAUACCGUGGUUAAGCCAGAGUUCCUCGAAAAGAUUCUCGAAUCAUGCCCACAGCUUGAAUCAUUCGUGUUCAUCUUUUCCAAAAAGAUGUGUGACUGGCUGCAUUUGGGAGUGAGUGAUAUUACUACGCUCCGAACGCUGCCGCAUGUGCUUUCCUUACGACAAGAAACGCUACGGUAUGUUGAGCUUUACUGGGAGCCGUAUACUGUAUGGACAAGCAGAGCAGGGAUCGUGGGUUGUUUCAAGGGCUUGACCAACCUUGAGACGCUUAUCCUCGGUGGUGCAGGGUUCCGCUUCGAGGAAGCUGAAAACUAUAAGCCGUUCAAGACAUGCCUUGUCGAUCUCCUGCCACAAUCGAUCCGCCGCGUCGCCAUCGACUCAGAGACAAUGAGCCUCCAUGAACCGAUUUCCGUACUGGGUGAGGCGGUCAAAUGGGGCGCGUUUCCGAUGCUGAAGGAGGUCCGAUGCUAUCAUUGGGAGUUUGGGAGUUGGGCGAAUUCGAAGAGGAGAUCCACAGGUCUAUCUGUAACUCGACAGGAAGCCGAGGACAGGGGCGAUGUGGACAAAUCCUCACGCGAUCUACUAUCGCAGCUGAGCAGGACAUGUAACGUAUUGUUCAGUGCAGAGACCAAGGGGCUUUUUGAGCAUGAUGCUGGGUCCUAA